AUGAAUAAGAAUAAAACAAUUGAUCAUUUGGGCAUCCGAAUUGAAUUGAUUGGGAGAAUUGAAAUCCUUAAUGAUUAACAAUAAUCAUCAGAUUUUAUAUCAUUGAGAAGAGAAUUGGAUGCUUAAGGUAUAUUAACGGAGGAUAAAAGCUACAAAUUCUCAUUUAACAAAUUUGAGAAGCAAUACGAAAGUUAUUAUGGCAGAACGGUCAAAUUGAGUUAUUAUUUGCGUGCUACAUUGGAUAGAAAUUAUGGAUAAGUAAAAAAAGAAAUAGAAUUUGGAGUCUUAAUUAUAAAUAGAGAUGAAGUAAACCAACUUUAAUCUCCACUAAAGCUUGUUUUGGGAAUGGAUGAUUAUUUGUACUUAAUUUGUGUGUACCUUAAAUCGAGGUAUGACUUAAAAGAUGUUGUAAAAGGAAAGGUGAAGUUCUGUUUAGUUAAAAUAAAUAUAAAGUAAAUGGAAUUAGCUGUGAUUCGUUAAGAGUAGAUUGGUUAAGGUGCAACUCAAAAAACUCAUAAUGAAACUCUGGUGAAGUAUGAAAUGAUGGAUGGAUGCCCUCGAAAAGGAGAUGUUAUACCUAUACGUAUUUUUUUGAGUGGUAUUAAUAUGUCACCCAGUUUUUAAAAUGUGAGUGGCAAGUUUAGUGUGAAAUAUAUUUUGAAUUUGAUAUUAUUUGAUGAGAAUGAUAGAAAAUAUUUUAAGUAACAGGAGAUUACAGUUUAUAGAAAGAAAUGA